AUGUGGGUUUUACCUGUCACAAGCACACUGUCCAACAUUUUUCUGUACACGCUGGAUAAAAUCGUAGUCGCCAAUAUCACCCUUGUGCCUUUAAAUCAUCUCGAAUCGGCCCUCUGCGGGACCGCGCCCAACAUGACUGUUGUUGUCGUCGGCCGUCUUCUCGCGGACUCCGGCGCAACAAUUUGGCACCCUGACGCUGCUGUCGGCAGUGACUUCGGGAUCUUCGCCCCCGUCUACCUCUUCCUGGUUCUUUCGUUCAAACUGCGACUUGGGAGUAAAUCGACACAACUCCUCUGGGAGGUCGACUUCGCUGGCAGUAUCCUCAGUAUGGCAGCCAUAAUACCCCUCAUUAUGACCAUCAACUUUGGCGGAAGUGUGCAUGCCUGGAAUAGCGUUCAGGCCAUUGCCCUGUUUGCCGUGACUGCAGGUUUCGCGUUAUUCACAGCGAAGACGCAGCACGUUCUCCCAGUCCAGUUCUUGCGGACCAGAAAUGCCGUGCUGCUUGUCAAUAGAAUGGCGGCUGUCAACGUCACAGAAGUCAUCACUGUCUACUAUAUACCGCUCUCCUUCCUGUUCAGCUGGGGCGACAACCAUAUCAGAUCUACAGUGAUGCUUCUCACUCGUAUCAUUACUAACAAACCCACGGAGAUAAUAUACGGCCUCGAGGUCCUCGUCGGAAUCGGGGCGACCAUAGUGCCACCCGCGAAGAUGACCUACUCCAUCAGCUUCACAACGCUCGGUUAG